AUGUUCGACAAGGUCGCCGUGCAAAGGAUGAGCAGCGGGGAGGUGGUGUUGGGUGGUGUGGAUUGGGCCAUUUGUCCAUCUCGAGUCCUUCAUUGCUGCUGGCUCUUUGGAGCUAGCUCGUCCCGUCGCGGGACAGCCGGGCAGGUCCUUGGUCCUCCACCAGGUCAGACUAGGGUCCCAGCACAAGUUUGUGCAAAGUGGGAUGUCGAACGGCCCCUGCACAUUGUAUUAGGUUAUUGUGGACACGGCUCCCAGAACGAGCGUAUUGGCAACCCAACCAAGGCAAGCUCGAUGGGGGGAGGAGCUCUUUCUGUCACUUGUCCUCGAGUCGGGUUAAGGACCAGACCGGCCGUGGAAGAGCUCCACAGAAGCAGGGCCGCAAACUUCUGUGGCACCUCUGUCUGUGCGGCUGCAGGCGCUGCACUGAUGCGUACAGCGCAUGUCGCCUUAUACUUCGGGGGAGCUUUCACAAUUUUAUUCCCCUGUUGGUUUCUCAUCAUCCAGCUCGGACGUCUUUAUUUUGUUUUAGUGAGACUGGAUCCGCCAGAUAUUAGGGGUGUGGCUCUGCUCUGUCUGAAAAAAAUGCUUUCACAAAAGGGCGCUCGGACGGCGGUUGUUCCGACGAGCUAA